UGGAUGACGUCGCAUCCUGUCUCUCUUGGCUAAAAUUUUCAAUGAUGCUGCCACAUUCUUUUCACCUUUUACCCAUUCCCAAUCAAAAGCAGCCCACCGCACGCAAAAAUGAACCUAUUACUCAUUCAAAUCUUCUCCCUUACUCCUUCUCAAUCCUCAAAACACUUCCUCUUCUGACAAUUUCUCAAAAAGACGAGUAGCAGCAGCUGCGUUGUAACAACAAGAAGAAAGAGAUGGAAGUAAAACGUCGGACAGCUAGGUGUCUGGUGAAGCGGCUCAAGUCCGAUUCAGAUCAGAUCCGAACCGAAGCCAUCUGCGAGCUCCGCCUCCUCUCCAAACACGACCCUGAAAGCCGCCUCUUUGUCUCUGAGGCUGGCGCCAUUCCCCUACUCUCACAAUCCCUCUACAUCUCCUCCUCCGAUCAUCAUACAAGCCCUAAUAUCCAAGAGAACGCUGUCGCAGCCCUCCUCAACCUCUCCAUCUCUUCCCGUGAGCUUCUCAUGUCUACUCCCGGCCUUCUUGACUCCCUCUCUCACGUACUACGCUAUCCUUCCUCUCCUGCCUCCUUCCAGGCCGCUGCUGCCACCGUCUACAGCCUCCUCGUCGUCGACCACUAUCGCCCCAUCAUCGGAUCCAAGCUCUCCAUCCUCUCUCCCCUCAUUGACCUCCUCCGAAGCCCCAAUUCCCCACCUCGAUCAAUCAAGGACUCCCUCAAGGCCCUCUUUGCAAUCUCCCUCUACCCCCUCAACCGGCCCCGUCUUGUCGACCUCGGCGUCGUCCCCCCCCUCUUCUCCCUUGUUGUCAAGGACAGCCGCCUCGGCUUCAUCGAGGACUCGACCGCCAUCAUUGCCCAGCUUGCCGGGUGCUAUGAGAGCAUUGACGCCUUCCGGAAGGUUUCGGGGGUCAGCGUCCUUGUCGACCUGCUCGACGUAGCGACAGGGUCCAGCACUCGGGCCAGGGAGAAUGCGGCGUCUGCCUUGUUGAAUCUGGUGCAGUGUGGAGGGGAGAAGGUGGCAGGGGAUAUCCGGGAGAUGGGCUCCGCGGCGUUGGCUGGUAUCUCUGAGCUGGCUGAGACCGGAAGCUCGAGGGCAAAAAGCAAGGCAGAAGCUUUGAUGAGCAUACUUUUCUCGGGCAGCUGCACAGAGAGGCACCACCAAGAGUUUGGCGUUUUGAAUUCUUCCUCUUCUUCUUCUUAUUGAGAAGUUUUAAUUCUUUCUUUACCAUGUGUUUGGACGUAAUAUGGAAUUGAAUUGCAAUAUGAGUCCAAGAUGGUGGAAACGACCACAUUGCGAUUUUCUUUGGCAUCCAUCUGGAGGAACCGCCUUCCAAAUUGCAAAUGAGCUACUUUCAAGUUGGAUUUGAAAGGAAUGCAACUGCAGUUUGCGGUCCAAUUCCUCAUCAUGAAUAUUGAGAAACGGCACUGUUUUUGUCAUUUCCUCUUGAUUACUGGAUGUUUGCAAUUCAAUUCAAUUGUGCAUCCAAACACAACCUUAUUUGAUUGUAUACAUAACAAUAAUACAUGCGUAUUAUUUGAUUGUAUACAUAACAAUAAUACGUGUAUAUAUACAUCAUUUCCUCGUCUGUAUCUAUUUUCAUUUUUCUAACUAUGUACGCAUCUGGGGCAGUUGGAUUGUGUUAUUUUUGGGUGGAAUUUGCGUUCAUUUCUUCUUGUAACAAUGCUUCAUAUAUAGAGAAUGAAUUUCAUGUA